AUGGCCUCGUCAUCUUUCAGAGAUUCGAUGAACUCUCUGGGAUGGUCCAGAAGAGAUCCGGACGCACCCGCCAACACCAAUUCAUCGACACCUUUCCUGUCCAAGCUCAACCCAUUUGGUCGCAAUGGCUAUGUACAAUUACCCACUCAUGAGCCUCCUGGCGCGCCCUUGCCGGCUCCAACUCGGAGAGAGGAAGAGGAAGGUUGGUUUGCAUUAAGCCGAUGGGAUCGCCUUUUGAUAUUCGGGGGCUGCAAUCUGGCUGCUUUGGCUUGUUUCGUUAUCUGCUUUGCGCUUUUUCCCGUCUUGUCCUUGAAACCGCGGAAAUUCGCGAUACUGUGGUCUGUUGGCUCUAUGCUCUUCAUCGCGUCCUGGGCCUUUCUUAUGGGGCCCUAUCAGUACGCAACGCAUCUCAUGUCCGGGCCUCGGCUCCCCUUUACUGCCGCUUACUUUGGUUCUAUUGUCAUGACAAUCUACUUUGCCACCGGGCUUCAAUCAACUCUUUUGACGCUGAUUUCAUCCAUUGUGCAACUCGUGGCGUUGGUCUGGUAUCUAGUCAGCUACUUCCCCAUGGGAAGUAGCGGUUUGCGGUUUGCGGCCAGGGUGGGAGGAGGCCGAGUAGCCGCGUGGAUGAACGAUUGA